AAGAGACAGACAUGCUGCAGCUAGAUGCAAGAUGAUGGCUUGGACUGGGUCAACUUAAAACAAAUGGCGCACUGCGGAAGGACCAGUUCAAAACCGGAGUGAAGACAAAGUGUCCAUGGAGGGAGAACUGGAGGAAUCCGAUGAGGAUGUUCAGGGAGAGGACAGGCCCACUGUGCUCUGGGAGAAGUGCAUUCAGCAGAGCAUCUUCGUUGACCUAAGUGAGGAUGAAAGUCUCCACCUCAGUGAGCUGGAGAGUUCUUUAGCCUUACAUCUGUCCCAGGCAGAGUCUGCUGCCUCUGAGGCCAGCAUUCAUCUCAGUGGGAGCGAGGAGUUGUCAGCCUUAGAUGUCACUUCCUCUGAGUCCAGCGUUGUCAGCAGUCAGAGUGAGAGGGUGGUAGAGAGCAAGACCAAGAGCAGCAUGUUUCACGUGUCCGCCCAAAGACCAAACACCAUGCAAGAUGAGCCGAUUUUAAAGAACGAGGAGCAAGGGCAAGAUACUAGUGACGAGGAUCAGGAGGACCUACCUUUUGAUGAUGACCUCGGAAGUCCCUACUUCAACCAGACAGCUUACUCUGAGGGCAAUAUGAGCUCUGAUGGAAGAGAAACAGUUCAUGCCAGUCCUGAUGUUCCUGGUUUGUUUGAAUGCAAUUCAAGAGAUAGAGAUGAUAUAAUUGAACACUCGGUUUCUGUGGAGCGUGAUACUGAGAAACCAUCAACUUUGUCCCAAGAGGAUGCAAACACCAAACAGGACAAUUUUCAUAAUGCUUCCAAGCCAAUUGAGGUUGCACCCUCAUGUCCUAGUCCUUCAGACAUUAACCAGUUGUUGCUGCGACAUUUUUCCCAGGAGGAGUUACUACGGCCGGGUAGGCUGAUCGAGGCAGAGACCCUGCCUGAGGUGUCCCUUCUGGAGAGCAUGGAUGACACCGUUUUCAGCUGGGCUCCGAAACACAACAGCACUGCAAUUAAUGGUUACCACUCAGAGAGCCCUGCAUGUAAUUCUGAGAUUAAUCAGAGUUUCUGCUCUGACAGGACUAAUGAGAAGAGUGCAUCCAAAAACUCAUGCUUAGAGGAAAAAGCAGGAAGGAAAAUUGAUGAUGUCACCCCUGCUGCUUCUGACAGCAUCACAACAAACUCUGAAAGUACACAUUCAGAACAGGGCAGUGGGGAUAAAAGUGCCGUUGAUGUAGAGAAAGACGAAAAGUCAGAAGAGGAUGAUCAGGUUCAAAGAGUCCCACUGCUGCGCACCAGGUCCUUCAGUGAGAUGAAGUAUGGUCAAGGCCAAGUCCAUUACAGACUCCCUGACUUCUCCAAGGUUGCCCCCAAGGUAAAAAUCCCCAAAGCUCCAAGUGGGCCAUCCAGACCUGUUCCUCAGAGCCCCAGCACCAUGCACAGAGCCCAGUCCUCUCCGGGGAUGUUAGAGGUGAUCAACAGGGUCCUGGAGGAUUCAAUACUUCCAUCAGAGAAGCCCUAUGUCUUCAACGAGGAGGACAAGCAGACUGCUCCAGCACUGGUUCAUCACCUGCAGGCUGAAUAUGAUAAAUUACUUACCAAAUAUGCUGAGGCAGAAAACCUUAUAGAUCAAAUGAGAACAGGAACCAACGCUCAGCCCUCUUCAGAACUGAUGCUUUAUUUAGAGUGUGAUGAUCAUCAUCAGGGAGACUUAGUCAAGGGAAGCCAUCUUGGAUCUGUUGCUCCUCGUCUUCCCCCGUCAGAAAACUUUGAUAAAAAACAAGAAACAACUCUCCAGAGCAACAUUAAGGAGACGAAAACACAAACUUCCUCCAGCCAGCCUGAGGAGGGUCCCAGUGAUGGUGAAAGAAUGACUGCGGAGCUAGGGGACAUCAUCAGCCAGUUCAUGCAGAAGGUGGAAGAAUUCAAAUUUAGUGUAAGCAACAUGUCAGUUAGCACAGCCGAGCAGCAAAUGAUGCUGAGGAGCAUAAUGGAGGCUCAAGACCAGCUGGAGAGAGAAUACAUCAGCAAGAAGGAGGAGCACAGAGCUCUGGAGAUGCAAAACUACAUGGGCCUGUCCAGGAACACUGGCACCUUUGACCCAGACAGGCUGGUGGAGGGAGACAUAUUCAGGAUAGGGAUGCACCUUGAGGACAUAAAGGAGAUGAUAGACAAAAACGUGUGUGAGCAGAUUUCUCCACCCCACUCAUCUUCCACUCCCACCCCCAUGAAAGAGAUGCUGUAUGUGAAGCCCAGUCCUCUCUGCAUGCCCACACUGUCACCUCCACCAUCCCUGUAUGAGGGGCAGAGUGCAGGUUUUUCCACUGUGAGUUAUAAAAUGGAGGCAAGGAAAAAGGAAGAAAAAGAAGAGGAAGUGGAGGAGGCCAUUGAGGUGCAAGAAGAUGAGGGAUUACAGCAAAGUGAACUCAUAACAGCUGACUCUUUACUGAAAGAUACCAGACAGAGCUACUGCCAUUCAAGGUUUUCUUCUCUGUCCUGUGUCAGGAGCUCACAGGGCUCUGUGGAGGGACUGGGAAUCCAGACAGAUGAGGCUGAAGAGCAGAGGAGCUCAUCAGAGGUUUUGUCGGAGGCGAUAGAUCACAGUGACAUCAUAGCAUAUUUGAGUGGAAGCAGCUCAUCGUCGAGACAGAAGCAGUGGACACCCAACAGUCACAGCACCCCAGUUAAUGCCCUGAGCCCAGCGGGUGAAUGUGAUCUGGGUGAUUGUGUGAGUCUGUCUGUGGAGGUCUCAUCUUCAUCUGAUGCACCCAGAGACUCAGACAGCCACAGCCUCUCAGAGCCUCCUCUCAACACCUCAUCAGUAUCACUGAGGAUUGUCAGUCCAGAGACGGACAGUGGAUUUGGGAGCUCUUACUUGAAUCAAUCAGCUUCGGGAACAAUUCAACCGAAUCUCCUUACAGAAAGUGCAGAGUCCCAGAAUGAUGGUUUAAGUAGUUCAGACAGUGACGGCUCCUGCUCCAACCUGCAGACAGCCAUCCAUUCAGCCACCGUCACCAGCCAGCGGUGGGUCAGUUCCCACCCAUCUGUCCAAGCACAGCCCUGUGGUGCAGCAGUGGCAGUGGAGCGGUGGGUGGAGAGCACCACUAAGGAGCCCUCAGUCAGGUUACAAGGAGCUGAAUGCAGUCUGCCCGCCAAGCUCCAUCACCACGUGUCUGAACCUGUCCUCAGCACCAGCAUGGAUACAGAAGAGAGAAGCAGCCCACUGUACCCCUGCUCCUGUAAUAGUGAGGCUAUCCUGGCCUUGCAGUCUGAGGUAUCCCGGCUGAAGAAGGACCUGGAGGAAGGUUUGGUCCAGCUGCCUCAUCUAGCACAGAAGAUGGACUAUCUCAGCUCCAAAUACAGGCAGGAUUGUCAGGAGCGAAAGUCUAAAACCAGACCCUGGACCCACCACAGACCAGUCUGCAACAGUGUGUGGAAGCCUUCAAGUAGCACACAGAAUGUGAGCAAUCUCAGUUCCGGUCAGGUGAGGAUAGAGGACUGGAUCUCUUCAGACAUGGACCCCAGCAAGAGCAAAGGUACAGACAGUGGUGACACAGCUGGCUCUGAGAUCAUGCUGCAAUCCCAUAAUUCACCUGUAGGGAGCAGGAGAAGCUCCACAACUAAGUUUCAAUAUAAACUUCAUGAGGCACUACAGUCCAACAGAGGGUCAGAGGGAAACGGCUCAGUGAAAACCUCUCGUUUGACCAGCUCCGUUUUAAAAGGCCAUGAUAAGCAGAAAACACAAACAGCCGUCGUAGAGAGUUUUAACUCAAAGGAGAGAUGGUCUCUUUUCUCCUCUCCAUCUCUUCAGAAGCCCCUUCUGCAGGUCAGCUAUGGCUCGUCCAGCAGUCUGCCUGCAAGCUAUAAAGUGAGGGAGCCACCUCUGCAGUCCAUGUCCCAUCACAGAAAGCGCUCCACCCAGUCAGACACAGCACUCCUGCCCAGUAAUGUGUACUUCCUGCGGACACCAUCCCCAUCACCGGGACCCACAAAGACUGGCAGCAGGACAGGCAGACGCAGAGGGAGCAAGGAGGAGGAAAUGAACAGGACUCUAGACCAGGCUAUUGAGAUGGCCCGCAGCAUGAAGAGGACCACAGACCGAAUGGCCAAGAGGCUGUCGGCUGACCUGGCUGAGGCUCAGCUGCACAGGAAACUGCACAACAUGCAGCCACUAGGGGGCAGGAAACACCAUGCAUUAUAACAAACAAACGACAGAUUAGUUUACUGUGUAACCAUUAAUCUGCCUGUCCCAAUAACACCUGAUGCCUGUAUAAAAUAUCUUGGUUAUUGCUUUUUUAAAUGUGUGUUUGUUUGUGUAUUUAUACAUUGAAAAGUCUGAAAUCAUAUUGGAAAAAUACAAUUUGGACAUUAAACUCAUACCUGUUUUUGUUUAUAGACAGUGUUUAUUAAAUUUUGAGUUGAAGCCUUUACCUUACUUCACUUAUUCUCAUCAGUGUGUAAAAUGUAACAAUAUGACCCAGUUGUGACAACUAGUUAGGGGGCAACAAUCAGUUACAGUACAAUCACCCAGCAGGUGAAGCAAUAAAGCUAA